CAACAAAUAAUACCGUUACUGGCGUUAGUCAUCUUCCGUCACGUAGUAGAACAAUAUCAGUAUCAGUGGUAGUGGAUCCGUGCAGAGGUAGACUGAAUGUAAUUGAGCGACAGCAACGACUUAAGGAAGAGAGGGAGGCCAACAAAAAUCUGCUUGAUGAAAAACAUCAUUAUAUAUCGCAAGCUUUGCUAAAUGUGACAGACGAUAUUGUGCUGUCUGAUAUAGAAGACUGCUAUUUUGAUGGAGAUGGUAUGUCAACACUGGACAAGUUCUUCACAGUAGAUGGAACAAAGCACAUCUUGUUUCACCAUCGAGAUCAAGAGCAAGAGGGUGUGGGUGAAACAAUCAGGAGUGUGUCUGUUGUCUCGCGGACGCACAGUCGCGCUGGCAAUAGGCAUCGUUUGUACGUCACAAGCAGUAUAGAUGAUGUAUUGGUGAAUGGGCGUGCCACACUCUUCUCCAGACAAGAUGAAAGCAAGGCAAUCACUUCAGCCAAUAUUCACAAGGAAGUGUACCUCACUGUUCUGGAUGGGAGUGUGGGACUUGCACAGGGAGUCUGCAUGCUUGUCAGGAACGUUUUUUACCCCGUACUGAGACACAGUAGAUGGGACACACUGAUGGAGAUCUCAGGUGGUGCCAAAAUGGUUGAGAAAUUUUUAAGCUCAGUGGACACCUUUGUCAGGGUGCUUGAGGGAGCAUGUGACAGCCUGCAGGACAAUGUUGUGUUGCCUGACUGUGCCCAGGUGGAUCUGUGUCUGCUCACUACAAAGGAAGAAAUUGUGCUGACAAGUAGCAACAUGGAAGCGAUGGAGGCAGUAGAUAUGUGCGUUCGAAUGUGGAUGCAACAGAUCGCCAAGGUGUUAACAGAGAGUGAGCAGAUACACAGGGAGUCGGACAAUGUUGGUCCUCGCGCCGAACUCGAAUUUUGGAAGAGGCGCAUGGCCAAGUUCAAUGCUCUUGAGGAGGAGCUGAGAAGUGGCAAGGUGAAAGCUGCCCUAAAGUGCCAGCAGGUGGCGCAGUCGAAGCUCCUGAAGGACUGGGCUCGCAUUGAGCAGGCUAUCAUAGACUCUGCUUUGGAAGCCAAAGAUAACGUCAGGUUUCUGUACACGAUAGAUGACUGUUGUGAGCCACUGUACAGCAACAACCCUUUGCAAAUAGUAGCGAGUCUACCAGGGUUGAUGAAUGCAGUGAGAAUGGUGUUCACUAUAUCCCGCUACUACAAUACUUCAGAACGAAUGACAUCUCUCUUAGUCAAGGUCACAAACCAGAUGAUAACAUCGUGUCGUAAUUACGUCACAAACUUCGAUGUUGACACAGUGUGGUCUCAGCCCAGGGAGGAACUCUUCCAGAAGAUUGACGCCUGUGGCAGCCUGCAUCAGGCCUACAGAAAUAAUUAUGAGAAGACACGCAAGACAGUAGCAGCUGCUGGCAGCAAACAAUCGUUUGAGUUUAGCGAGUCGUACAUAUUCGGCAAGUUUGACACGUUCGUUCGUCGCCUCAACAAAGUGGUGCAGAUGUUUCAACUGAUAGAGACAUACAGCUGCCUGGAGAGGUGUCACAUAGAUGGUGUAGAGGUAAUUGUGGGCAGAUAUAGGGCUGCUGUUUCAUCAAUGAAGAAGAAAACCUAUGACUUUUUGGACCACAGAAAGCAAGAGUUCGAUGAAGACUUUGCAGAAUUUGAAAAAAAUAUCUGUGAUGUACACGUACAACUGCGUGCGUUCAUUGGGGAGCGCUUUACCGGGCUACACACCACCAGGGCGGCGCUGCAGUUCCUCAGCAUAGUAGAGAGGCUGGGCCUACCUGAGCUGGGGCAAGAGGAGAGGUAUGCGGCAGCACUGACCAUGUACGGUCGUGAGCUGGACAUGGUCAGCAAGCUGUAUAUGAGGCAACGCUUGCAGCCACCCCUGGAAAGAGACGUUCCACCUGUGGCCGGUAAGAUACAGUGGGUGCGACAGCUGCAUAGACGGAUAGAGGAGCCAAUGAAUGUGUUUAGAGAGAAGCCAGACUUGCUUGCCAGAGGAGAGGCAGCAAGAAUCGUGAAGGUGUUCAACCGAGUUGGCAAAGCGUUCUUUGAGUAUGAGCUUUUGUACUAUGGAGCAUGGAUUCAGCAGUUAGACGUAGUGAAGACGUAUCUCCAGCGUCCAUUGCUCGUGUGGGAUUCGGAAAGCCGCGAGAUGCUUGUUAACAUGGACGCAGACGUCUUCAUGGUCAUCAGGGAGUGCGAAUGCAUGGUGCGCAUGGGUCUGGAAAUCCCACACGCUGGCAAGCAGUUGAAGGCGAGCAAGGGCGACUUGAGGAGAAAAUAUGAGCAGCUGAGGGUGAGUGUCUAUGCAACACAUGUCUUCUCGAGGAACUCUACCCUGUCCUUGUACAAACUGGAUUUUGGUUUUGAUCGAAACUCGGCGGUAUCUCUCGCGUAG